CCAUGGUAAAGAUUUGAGGCCCAUCAAACAAAUACUCCCGUCGCCACCUGCUCUUUGUCUGUUUACUCUUUGUUUUCAACGAUUCCCUUAAUACAAGAAAAUUGUUGAGUAACUGCGAGAAGAUGAUUAUCUCUUCAACUGCUAAUCAAUGGCCACAGGAUCAUAUAGAUGAGAAAGAUUUGAUGGCGUCAACAGCUAGGCUUAUGGAGAAACCAAGCCAUGAACAGCAACAACAGCAGCAAGUCCUCAAGUGUCCUCGUUGUGAUUCUUCCAACACCAAGUUCUGCUACUACAACAACUACAGCUUGUCGCAGCCAAGACACUUUUGCAAGGCUUGUAAGCGUUAUUGGACUCGAGGUGGAACUUUAAGGAACGUUCCGGUGGGUGGUGGAUGUAGGAAGAACAAGCGUGUGAAGAGGCCGGCGGCUUCAGCUACCGGUGGUGCUUCUCCAACAUCUGGUGCAAAUAUUGCUAACACUCCAUCUCAACCUCAGAUGGAUGUUUCUUCAACCUCAAGUCAUCAUAUCAACCCUUUGUUUUAUGGGUUAGCUAAUAACCCAUCUGAUAUAAAUCUUCCAUUUCCUCGGUUCAGUUCAAGAGUUUUGGGUGCGGAAACAGUCACUGGUUAUGAUCUCCAGCCUGAUUUGAACGCUCUGGGAUUAGGGUUUUCUUCUGGGAUAGUGUCUAGUGAUACUGGGGAUGGUGAUUAUCGAAAUGGUUUUAACACUAACCCGACUAAGCAAAUCCAGGAUGUGGUGACUUCAAAUCCACUCCUUCCAAGCUAUUCCAAUAUCUUUGGAUCUUCUAGCACCACCACGACACCAACAAUUGCUUCUUUGUUAGCUUCUACACUUUACCAACACAAAUUCAUGAAUGGUGGUGUCAAAAAUACUCAACUGCCUAACCAAUUGCAAGCCUUAUCACCUUUCCAAGACCUUCAAAUGACAGGUAACGGUGAAAAUGGGGUAACCAUGAAAGAUAUCAAAGUUGAAGAAGCGCAAAGCAGAAUGGAUUGGAAUGUACCAUGCCAGAAUCAGCUCGAUCAAAUGGGUUUAUCUGAUCCUACGGAUUAUUGGAGCACAACAAGUGUCGGUGCUUGGAAUGAUCCGGCAAACUUUGAGUCCUCAGUCACUUCUCUGAUCUAGCAAACUAGACUACUGUUUUUCUUCAAAUUGUCUCCCUCGUUCUUGGGUUUUAAAAAAAAAAAUUAUUUUGGGGUUAUAGGUGCUUAGCUUCGGUUGAUUACUACUGUCGGUAAUGGAUUCUACAGUCAUAGUGGGGGUGGGAUUGAAAACAAAAAAAGGAAACUGUAAUAAAUAAAAGUUGAGUAUUGAAGCAUGGAUGGGAGAAGAUUGGAUCGGAUGGAUCAUGUCAGCUGCAAGAAUUCAGCCUAAAGUUUUAUUAAUCAAAGGUUGAGAAGUCCCUAUUUGCGCUGAGAGGAACCUCGGAUCCUCUUCAUCUCAUCACUGAUGGGUAUCAUCUCCUUCAUCACUCAUCACUCAUCUGAAAGCUGCAGUGUUGAAGAGAUAGGCUUUAGCUCCAUCAUGCUGCAAACUUUUUAACCCAGUAAGUUUGGAUUCUAUUUUGUAUGUGUAUAUAUUGCAUGACUUAUGAGGUUGGGUUUUUAGGGUACUACAUGUUUCAGUCCUCGAUUAAAGAUGAGAAUGAGGAUUGAGGAGCUAAUUAUUUUUCCCACUGUUAUUUUAUGUCUACAUUUUGUGGUUUUGGGGGGUGGGGGGUAUAAUUUAAUGGUAUAGAUGGAGAGGGAGAUUUGUACCUGCAAACUGCAAUUUGGCGCUCUUAUUAUUAUGGUCUGUUUAGAGUUCCAAUACAUAUAUGAACUUCUGUUUGCUUUUGGAAACAAGAAAAGUUUUAUUACA